AUGUUUUGUGCUCGAGAAUUUUCGCUUCUGGAAAAGGUAGGUAAGGUCCAGUUGAGAGGCUCUCGCCAGGUUUCCUAUCAAAUGUAACUCUAAAACACCCAAUUGACCUAAUUUUGUGCGUAGAACCAAGACUGCUUUAUAAAUGCAUAUAAAAUAUCAGUGUUUUAUUCUUUGGGAUCGUCAGGAAUCCAAUCAGCUUAUUUUAGGAUCAUUGAAGACUGACAAACUGCGCCUUGCUUGGAACUUUAUUUUUCUGUAGGAGGUUAGCUAUGUCUGCCGAACUACCUUUUAAACAAUCAACUCUGCAAACUACAAAUCAACUUGAAGGUUGGUCAUGCGAGGAAGGGAAGUCUCCUUAGUACUCCUGCAAAAAGUACAGUCAGUGACCGAUCUCUAAUUGUUAACUUAAAUUCAGAAAUACGUUUACGAUUGUGAAGGAUUGCCUAGAUGGGUUUACAAUACUAAUUAUUCUGCAACACGUGCCCGAGAUGUUUCGGGCAGGCAGGCUUUUGAAUGCAACUCUUUUCGGCUAUCUGCAAAAACUGCACUCAGUAAAAUGAUUACUUAGAGAGCAUACGUUUUUCUCUGUCGAUCUUCGAUGUCCUUACAAACUUAACUAUGUUUAUAGAAAACAUGCUGAAAGGCAUUCCUUCUUGCACUCAUUGGAUAGAACAUUGGUUUUCUUCCAAUUUUACGCCUGAUCAAGAGGGCAUCUUUAGAUUUCAACGUUUUGUUUUAAAAUUCCGGAGUAAUUUUGAACCCGAUCAGUAGUUGCACUUGAGGUUAGGUUUUUGAUUUUACAAGCAACAUACUUCCCCUGUAAUGAAAAUCAUAUAUUCCACUAUGCCACUACGAACUGCCCUGUAGGGACCAUAAGAUUCUAUAGCGGGCGUGGGUUAUGUUGAACACGUUAUACGGAGCAUCGAUGAACGGACACGUGUGAUGUUAUUUGAGCGAACAUUGCCCGGUCUUAAAAAAUCUCAUUUUCGCGAACUUUCGAAAUCGAAAUUUGCCCUUUCCUUGAAGUACAAUAGUUGGAGGAGACGUAAUUUUCCACCAGAUAAAUACGUGGAAGAAUAUUUUUUAUAAAAUAUACUUUGACUUCCCCUUCAAGCCAUAUCUGAAUAGGUUGUUCAUUUCUAAGAGCAGUUUUUUUCAGGCAACCGAAAAAAAAUGCAUUCAAAGGGCAAAUUCUUGGCUUAUGUGAAGUAAUGUGGAACUAUGUCGUAUGGUAAUCAACAAUGCCAUCGUUGUUUAAAUAAUUCUUCCUAAUCUAGACUGAAUUUCAUCAUUCCGGUUAAUAAUUGAUGCAGCUUAAUAAUUGCCCUUGUUACUUUUGAAACAUCGAUAGACUGCCGUGACUUUUUAUCUGCUUUCACCUGAGGAACAUUAUUUGAGCAGUUUGACAGUGAAUUUCGGCAACAGGCAUUAAUCGAAAUGUAAAUCCAAAUCCUCCUAUCGCUUGUACGCCCUGUGCAAGUCUUCAUGAGUAGCGUUCUGUUGGUUAGUUAACGUGCUAGGCAAGUUCAUGUCAUGACGGCCUUUGAUAAAUUAGAUACGCUGCAUUCAAUCGAUUUUUUUAUGAGCAGCAUUCACUGACCACACGAUGGAUCAAUCAUUUGAUGCUCACUUAAGUCAGAACUACACUCACGAAUUUCGUUAUCUCUAGUGAUUAUGCAUUCAGGCCAUAUCAAACUCUGCCAAAGUUAAGUAUUCCAACUUUAGCAAAGUCAGAUCUGUAGUCAGAAGAGUUAACUCAUCACACUAAUUCAGACCACGGCUUUCAUUCUGUCCGAGGGAUGCACUGGAUUCACAUCUUACUCCUCGCAAUAUUAUACCAUCCGUCCAGUGCUUAUACUAGAGUGCAGUAUUACAAACUAUCCAACUACCUUGUUGACAAUGCUGGUGAUUCAAAAACAAACUUUUCCACUAUUCAGAAAAUGGAAAAUGGCGGAUUUUCCUACAUGAUGCUCCCUCAGAAGAAGCUUUCGUUUCAGCAAGCUGAACAGUUCUGUUUUCAGGAUUCCUCAAGACGUAUGCACAUCGCUUCAGUUUUGAAUGAGGAGGAGUGGGUAGGCAUCUACUCAUGUCUACAUCUUUUUGUUUUUAAUUAUUUCUGUCCGAGUGAGGCUAUUAAGUAGUUCUAAGCAUUUGCUUAUUUCGAAGCCGCAAUAGUUCAAAAAGGGUUUAUUGCAGAGGUUCCGUUACUCGAAAUAUUUCUGAGGUAACUGUACCGUCAAUGUGUGCGUCUGUAAUUACGCAUAAUGCACUUGGAUCAUAUCGCUGUUUUCCUUGGAGGUGGAAGCGAUAAAAGGAUAAAACCGCCAUUCCCAUUUCUUGCCCAAAGGCUUAUGCAGCAGGUUAUAAGCUACUUCUGGCCUGCUUGUUAUAGUUAGCCAAGAUGCGUCUUUUUAAGCCUGAGAACUUUCAAUGCUGACAGGAAAUUUACAAAAUUGAAGCACAAUGGAAGAACUAAUAGGACAGUUUUUACUAUGACCGAGGUAGUGCGUGCAUCUGGGAAGUCGAAAACAGCAUAGAUUUUACCACAUUGUGGGCUAUUUGUCAAAGUUGGGAACCCCCCGGUAAGGUAGAUGCGUGCGCCUGAGCAAUCUCUACCCGUAUCCAAUCAGCGAAAUGCCCGAUGUCGGCCGGCGUCAAACCGUCAUGAGUCCGGUGGUCGAGUCGCGCACGACGGAGGCAUUUUAUUGACAAGGGCUGCUAGGCCGACGAAAGUAAUAUGGACAAACAGCCGUACUGGCGACUACGUGAGUGGGCUUACGUCGAAAACUAAUUUUUCAGAACGGAACUUAGGGUCCAGACUGAAUUAGAAAUCUGGGAUUUAAUGCCUCUUUCAGAUUCGACGUUUGUAGCUCCUUUAUUUUCUGCUUUUCAGAUUCUUCUCAGUAAAAUGUUUGGAAGUGAACAACCAAUUCAGAUUUGGCUUGGGGGUGAAGCCAAACGAAGUCCAGCAAAGCCAACAUUCAAUUUGUUCUGGAUUGAUCAACGUCCGUUCAGUUAUCAUCGAUUCUCAAAGGAAGAGCAGAAUACGUGGCUGGACAAAAAGAAGCCCCUCAACAGUGGUUGUCUUGCUGCUGAUAUCAAAAUGGAUGGCAGCGGAAAUUGGACUGUUGUACACGCGCCAUGCUCCGAGGCUCGUGCUUUCAUCUGCAAAGGUGUCCACCAACCUGACCGAUCCGACCACCUCAUACGCCGUCCCUUCCUAAACGCCCUGUCUCAGUGGCCUCUUGAUCUUCUAAUCAAUCGCCUCACAUCCUGGCGCCUUCUCGACCCCUGGUUACUGCAUGAGCUCCAGCGUGAAGCUGCAGCUGAGGAUGUCAAACCUCUUUGGGAUACCACGGCAGCACCAAUUCACCAAGGUAGCAAUGACGGUGGUCCGGGCAGUCAGACAACCUCUGUUGUCCAGGCCCCAGUGACCACGAGAACUCCCCCAGGUGAAGGAAGCGAAAGAACCAAUAACAACUCGGCAGGGACAGAGGAGUCAACCAAAGAGGGUACCGGCGCAGAGGGCGAAUCGAUGCUUGAUGCUGACGUCUCACAUAUGAUAGAUUCAGACCCCAAAUCCACUGGUUUGGAGCUUGACGACGAUCAUGAACUAGCUCUCAUAAAUGAUCUGCUCAACCCGAAGGUCAACCACUUUAACAUCGGAGAUGAGCCAAUGUUCUGA